UAAAGUGCAUGUAACACCCCCCACUUUGUUUAAGACGAAGAAGAAGAAAAAGAAGAGAAGGGGAGCGAAGCGAAACGAAACGUAUCAUCCAUCUUCGGGGCAAGCAACAGCUUUCUAACGAGGGACUAGAGAAGAACAAACAUCGGCCAUCAUGGGAGCCGUGCUGGGAUUGUGCUCCAUGGCGAGCUGGAUCCCAUGCCUGUGCGGCAGCGCCCCCUGCCUGCUGUGUCGAUGCUGCCCCAGCGGAAAUAACUCCACUGUGACUCGCCUCAUCUACGCCUUCUUCCUGCUGAUGGGAGUGGGCAUUGCCUGUAUUAUGUUGAUGCCAGGCAUGGAGGGGCAUCUUAAGAAGAUUCCAGGUUUCUGUGAAGGCGGGAUGGGCUUGUCUAUUCCUGGCGUGGAGGGUCACGUGAACUGCGAUGUUCUGGUUGGCUACAAGGCUGUGUACCGCGUUUGCUUCGGCAUGGCCAUGUUCUUCCUGCUCUUCUCUCUGCUCAUGAUCAAAGUCAAGAGCAGCCAGGACCCCCGAGCUGCACUGCACAACGGAUUUUGGUUCUUUAAGUUUGCUGCAGCUGCUGCCAUAACAAUUGGAUCAUUUUUCAUCACAGAAGGUCCCUUCACUACUGUGUGGUUCUACGUCGGCAUGGCUGGAGCCUUCUGCUUCAUCCUCAUCCAGCUGGUUCUACUCAUUGACUUUGCUCACUCCUGGAAUGAGUCCUGGGUGGAGAAGAUGGAGGAGGGCAACUCUCGCUGCUGGUACGCAGCUCUGCUGUCGGUCACCACAAUCAACUACCUGUUGUCUCUGGUGUCUCUGGUCACGUUCUACGUCUACUACACCCACUCUGAUGGUUGCACUGAAAACAAGGUGUUCAUCAGCAUUAACAUGCUCCUGUGCGUCGCCGCCUCGGUCCUGUCCAUCCUGCCUCAGAUCCAGGAGUCCCAGCCCAGGUCUGGCCUGCUGCAGUCCUCCCUGGUUACCCUGUACACCAUGUACCUGACCUGGUCGGCCAUGACCAACGAGCCUGACAGGAAAUGUAACCCGAGCCUUCUGGGUAUUAUCGGGCUGAACAGCACCAGUCCUGCAGGCCAGGACCAUGUGGUUCAGUGGUGGGAUGCCCAGGGGAUUGUGGGAUUGAUCCUCUUCCUCAUGUGUGUCCUGUACUCCAGUAUUCGUAAUUCGUCCAACGCGCAGGUGAACAAGCUGACUCUGACCAGCGACGAGUCGGCUCUGAUCGAGGACGGGCCUCAGGGGGACAGCUUUGAGGAGGGCGGCGGCGUCAGCAGAGCUGUGGACAACGAGAAGGACGGCGUCACCUACUCCUACUCGUUCUUCCACUUCAUGCUGUUCCUGGCAUCGCUCUACAUCAUGAUGACGCUCACCAACUGGUACAGCCCCGACUCCAACUACGAAGCCAUGACCAGCAAGUGGCCUUCGGUGUGGGUGAAGAUCUCCUCCAGCUGGAUCUGCAUCGCCCUCUACGUGUGGACGCUGGUGGCGCCGCUGGUCCUGGUCAACCGGGACUUUGACUAAACACCACCGUCACACUGCUCACCCCCCCUCAUGCUCCACUUCACCUGUGUUUUUGUUUCAGCAGAAGUCAGUAGGACAGUAGGUCGCUAACCCUGCGUCGGUUCCAGCGGGACGGGGGCUGCGCUCUUGCUGGCCGACCCAGGACUCUGUCUCUCUCUCUCUCCGGCGUAUUCACCGCGAGGCCGAUGAGCAGAGAGUCCUGUCCCAGCUCUGACCGCAGCCCGGGGCUCCGCUGGCGUCAUGUCUUUGUAAAACCCUGAGCAGCCUGUUGUCGUGGUCCCCCCCCCCCCAUGCCCUCACCAUUGUAAAUAUAUAUCCUGUGUAUUCCUAGUGGAUGAUCUUAGGGUGCUUUCACACCCGUGGUUUGGUGAACGCGGUGCGAUUCGGGACUGAAGUUGCACCACUGUCUCGGGUUUUCUGUUUUUUGCGUUUCUAAUAUUUUAGAAGAAGGCGAGGAAUGUGAGCAGCUGACAGACGGCGAGUUAAGGAGAGAGAGAGCGAGAUGAUGUCACACAGACGACCAGCAACGUGUGCUAAGAACAGCUUAUGGAUCUCAAAGUUCUCAUCCCCCUAAAUCAAAUACAAGUCCGUAAAUUAUGUGGAGGUUGAAAUUACGGGCUAAGAAACGCUGCGUUUUUGUACACUUGCUGUAUUUGGGUCAGAUUGUGGGUCGCACCUAAAGCAACCCGAACUCUAGAGGACUCUGAAGCGAUCAG